CUUAACCUCUUCUGAGUCACCAACUCUAACUUGACCAAAAUUACGAAAAAGGACCAAAGAAGCUCAAAACAAUGUGUUCCCAUGGCUAAGCCGAUUCUGCUCCGGCAACCCUAGCUUAUCCUCUUCUUCUUUCUCUCUCACAUGAACACGUUUGAUUCCUUCUCUGCCGUAGAAUCGAGCAUGGAAGACGAAUCGAACCGCCGGAAUCGGAGUAGGAUGCGGGCCCGAAGCCGAUCCAAACCCGCCCCAGCCUCCAUUGCCGUCUCCGAUGGGGAAGAGGAAGAAGGAGAUCCUGAAUUGUGGAAGAACUUCGACCAGAAUUUCGGACAGGUACAGACAGUUCUGGAUCGAAACAGAGCGUUGAUUCAACAGGUGAACGAGAAUCACCAGUCUCGAAUUCCAGACAACAUGGUGAAGAACGUGGCUCUAAUCCAGGAGAUCAACGGCAACAUUUCGAAGGUCCGUUCGCUCUACUCCGACCUCGGAUCCAACUUCACAACCUACUUCCACAACAACAAAUCGCAGAAUGGAGGAUGAAGUACAAGACCCUCUUUGGGUUUCCUCAUCAUUCCAUAGACGUAAUAAGGUUUGGAGUACUACUUAAUGAGGAAGAAGUAUGUUCUUAAAGGAGAAAGAAAGAUUGAUUGGUGGAUUAAAUUAGUAUCGAUUAUGUAAUUGAGUUAGGACUAGAAUGUAAUGUAAUGUAAUGUAAGGAGUUCAAAUAAGUGAUGGCAAUAGUAAAUAUAAGUGCCUCGCAUGUACUUGAAACUCUUAUACCAAAAUAUGUAUGAGCAGAGGGGAUUUAACUUUCCCGAAGUAAGAAAAUAUGAGAUUGAUGGAUAUCUAAUAAUAAAAUAACCUGUAUUUGGGAAGCAAA